AUGGAGGCAUCGGAUUGCGGCCAGGUCAUUCUAGCAACGGCUAUGGUCCUAGUCAAGGACUCCACAGGUGCGUACAAACUUGGAAGAGCGCUACUCGAUUCGUGUUCCCAAGUGAACUUUAUAACCGACGACUUCGCUCAAAGGCUUCACCUUCGUCCAGAAAGGCAUCACAUCGGAAUUCGCAGUAUUGGUGACUCACUCACUAAUCUUAAGGCGCGAACCACCACAACUAUCAAGUCGCGCACAUCAGCCUUUGAACUUUCGCUACAGUUCGGUAUCACAUCACACAUUGCGUACCAGCCUGAUGCCGAAAUCGAUACCUCAACUUGGAAUUUGCCAGCCAAUACAACAUUAGCCGAUGAAGAAUUCUUCAAACCGCGCCGUAUUGAUCUGUUGCUUGGGACAGAGGCAUUUUUUGACGCGCUCGCUGUUGGCCAAAGUCGACUGGGCCUGAACUUACCCACACUCCAUAAGACAUUGUUUGGCUGGGUGGUUUCGGGUAGAUAUCAGCGUCAACACUACAUGCCAUCACCGUCUUGUCUAUUGUCUAGCGAAGACUCCAUCGACGCAAAUAUGCAACACCUUUGGGAGCUCGAAGCCAUCGACUUGCCGGUUAAACCCAUUCUACCUGAUAAUCACGUUUGUGAAGAUAUCUUUGUAGCCACAACACAUCACGAUGCCACUGGACGCAUGGUUGCGAGCUUGCCGUUCAAGGACAAUCCCAGUAGCCUUGGAUACUCCUUUGACAUCGCUCAUCGCCGUUUCCUCGCAAUUGAACGCCGCCUCUUGCAUUCGCCUGAUAUUCGACACCAGCAUGUGUCAUUCAUGGAAGGAUAUGAGAACCUUGGUCGCAUGUCCGUGGUUGCGGCACCGAACUUAGAAGAACCGCAUUACUACAUACCGCAUCACUGCGUGCUAAAGCCUAGUAGUGUAUCAACAAAGCUUCGGGUAGUAUUCGACGCCUCAUGCCGUACCUCGACACAAACAUCUUUGAACGAUUUGCUUUUGGUGCUAUUGUUGCGCUUUCGGCUGUACCUCUAUGCUAUCACUGCAGAUGUAACCAAAAUGUACAUGCAAGUGCUCAUGAAUAAAAAUGAUUGUAAAUUUCAGUACAUUAUCUGGCGAGCUUCUCCAGACCUAGAUCUCAAGACGUAUCAGCUUAAUACGGUAAUAUACGGCACAGCCUCAGCCCCAUAUCUCGCAGUACGCAGCCUUCAUUAUCUGGCAAAUAAGUACAUGGUUGAGCUUCCAAUCGGCGCAUCAGCGGUAAAAUCAUCAGUUUAUGUUGACGACUUUCUGUGUGGUGCGGAUGAUGUAGACACUUUGCACACGUUAAAGUCUCAAGUCAUCGAGGUACUUCGCCGUGGAUAA